GUGAGGUUUGCAUCAAUUCAAAACAUACGCAGCAUAAAACACUAUAGGUCUACGACUUUCUAAUAACAAUAUUAAAUAGGAAACCUAGGUUUUGUUGAGUUAGUGAAAUCAAGAAUUGCACAUGUUAAUAACAGUCAAUCAGAACACAGCGCAAUUCCGCAACCCGCUGGACAACUCUAUUCCAAAUAUAUCAAACCAGAUCGAACCGCUGUAAUUUAAUAAGAAAAAAUCCAACUUGAAAAGCAAAUAAUGGGUAAUGAUCGAUCUGGGAGCUGCAGAAGAAAGAUGAAAAGAUGGACCCCGGCAGAAGAGAUUUGUUUCCUCGAUUCGUGGGGCAAAAGAGCCGAGCAACUUAAGCGAAGCAAAAAGCACUCUACUGUUUAUAAAGAAAUGCGAGAAGACCUCAGAAAUCGAGGUUUUUACGUUGAAACAAUGGACAUUAAAACAAAAAUAGAUACCUAUGUUCGUAAAUUCAGAGCCGAACGGGCAAAAAAUGUGUUAUCCAAGUGGACUCACUUCUCAAAGGUGGGUCAAAUACUGGACUUAAUGGAUGUAAGCAUGGUCAGUCGACUUCAUAGUUCACAUGCAGAUUAUAACGAACAUGCCAGUUUUAACUCCGUUUACAUUGAGGAAUGCGAUUCAAUGAAGCUUGCCGAAAAUGACAAAUGCUGCGCCGAAGAGUUUGUUCUAGAGCCCUAUUUUCCCAAUAUUACGACGCUAGACAAUUCCCAUAAUGAAGACGACUGCCAGAUUAACCAAAGUAGCGUAUCUUCUACGGUAUUGGACGAAAAGUACUUUAAAAAUCACGACUUUGAGUUUGGCCAGCUUGUGGCGAAGGAGUUGAAUGGGUUGGACGAAGACCUGCGUGUUGAUGCCAAAAGAAAAAUUUUCAACAUCUUAUGCGAUGUAAAAAUGCUACAAAUUGAUCGAAACAAAUAAAAAUGUAUAGUGU